AUCGACGCCACGAGCGCCGUUUAUCAUCACCCAAUAGAGGCAUUGGAAUAUAGAGCGUAUGACCAUUAGGGCUGUCGGCACUAUCCUGGGAUGCAAUCGGCUCAUAGUCCCAUGCAAGCCGCACGCGAAGGUCAAGCUCAACAUGAAGCCGCAGGUUUUACUGGGCGAUACACAGCCGGGCUUCGUUUCGUGGAGAGCACUUGUGUCCUCCGGCCAUUGAUAGUUGCCGACCCCUUAGCAGGGGUUCUUGCCGGAGAGCGUGGCCUAGCACUUGCCCGGCAGGAGCUAGAGCAGCUCACUCUAUCCCAGGGCCCAGGACGGCACCUGCGUGUACCCGCGCGCAGCCGCUUGAUUGAUGACUGGCUGGAACGGGAGAUUGCAGCCUUGAAGUGCGGCCCUGCCACUGCCUGCCAGGUGGUAUCUCUGGGCGCUGGCAUGUGCACUCGGCCCUGGCGGCUUGCGGCGCUGUCGGGGUGCCACGUGUUUGAAGUUGACCUGCCACAUGUUGCCAGCACCAAGGCGAAGCUGCUGGCACUAGCAGGCGCACAAACAACCCAAAUCGAGCCGCUAGGUUCACCCCGACUGCCAUCACCGCAACAGCAGCCACAGCUGCAGCAGCCACAAGCAUCUCUGGAGCCGCUUGAGCCGCAGAAGCCGGUCUUUCCGCUCAUGGCGGCUACUUACGCCUGCGUGGGGGUCGACCUGGCUGCAUGCUGCAGUGGCGGUAACGGCAACCCCGACGGCGGCAGCGGCUGCGGUGGAGCUGACAGCGGCAGCGGCUGUGGUGAGACCAACCACAGCGAUGGAAGCAACGCCAGCAGCAAUAGCAGUAGCAGCCUGGCGGCGGCGCUGAUAGCCCAGGGUUUCGAUCCGGCCCUCCCCACAUUGUGGGUGCUGGAGGCGCUGCUGUACUACAUGCCGCUUGCGGCUGCAAGUGACCUGUUGGUGCAGUUGAUUGAGGUUUCGGAGCCGAGGAGCCGCCUGGUGGCCACCUGCGUGGACCGGGAGCUGCUGGAAGCCAGCAGACGAGGAGUGCCCAAGGGUCACGUGUUCGCGGAUCUCUGGCACUUUGAUGCGGGGGAGCUCUUGUACGGCACGGAGGCAUUUGCCGGGCAGCACUGGCAGGUGGACUGGCGGGAGACCGAGCGCAUGGAGGGCAGCCAGCAGCAAGGGCAAGAGGAACAGCAGGAGGGGCAGCAAGUGCAGCAGCAGGGGACGGUAGCAGGAGCAGGCGACUCCCAAGGUGACCAGCAGCAGCAGCGGCCAGCCAAGCGCCUGCCCCGAAGCACCCGGCAGCUAGCACUGGAGAGGCUGGGUGCGGACACGUACGUGGCGUUGUACGGCGGUAGUGAGCUGCUUUUCGUGGCGGGAGUACGACAAAAGCAGUAGUUUUGUACGGCUUUAGCGGCUGCAACUGUUGCUGCAAUGGCCUUUGUAUGAUGGGGUCGAUGGCAUUUGCUGGUUCCAUGCACUUCAUGUUACCAUUUAGAAACAGCUUCAGAUGAUCGUGGGUGAUUGGGGAUGGGAGCGGUCGCCCAUUAGGAAGAUAUCGGUGCUAGGGGCAGAGCCACGAACAUGUCGAACCGAG